AUGACUACGAAGGAUGUUGAGACCAUUAUUAAUAAGGGCAGUUGGCUUGCGGUUGGAGCUCCAGAAGAUGAGUCCAGGCUAGUAGUCGAGCCCCAGUCCGAGGUCGAGGCCAAAUCCCGUAUCAGGAAAGAAUGGAAUGCUAUACAACGGAUCACCGUUCCGGAGCUCCUUCGUACUCUCAAGAACGACGCUGCAAGCUGA